UUUAGCAGAGCGGUUCGUCAGUCCCCUCAUUGGCAGCAUGGAGGAGGUGAGGGUGUCUGAUGUGGAGGUGUGUAACCUGGCUUACAGGGGCGACCUGGAGGAGCUGAAAAGUCGCAUCCUUGCCGACAAGUCGCUAGCCACAAAGACAGAUCAGGAUGACAGGACUGCUCUGCACUGGGCUUGUUCAGCAGGGCGCACAGAGGUUGCAGAAUACUUGCUGAGAUUAGGGGUGCCUGUUGAUGCCAAAGAUGAUGCAGGAUGGACUCCUUUGCACAUCGCAGCAUCUGCUGGCCGCGAUGAUAUCGUGAGAGCGCUAAUUGGGAAAGGGGCCCAGGUUAAUGCAGCAAAUCAGAUUGGCUGUACUCCAUUACACUAUGCAGCAUCCAAAAACAAACAUGAGAUUGCUUUAAUGCUGCUGGAAAAUGGAGCCUCUCCUGAUGCAAAGGAUAAUUUGGAGUCAACUCCACUGCACAGAGCGGCUUCUAAAGGAAACCUUAGAAUCGUUCAGAUCCUUCUCAAGCACCAAGCUUCAACUAAUAUUCAGGAUACGGAAGGAAACACACCACUCCACCUUGCCUGUGAUGAGGAGAGAGUAGAAGAAGCCAAGUGUUUGGUUGAACAUGGAGCAAGUAUUUAUAUUGAGAACAAGGAAGAGAAAACACCAUUACAAGUUGCAAGGGGGGGCUUAGGAUCUUUGUUGAGGAGAAUCGUAGAAGGGUAGUUUUUCAGUACUUUGUUGUUAUUGUGCAUCUGUGGCCUAGCUUUGUCCCAGUAUAUGUAGCACCUCUUAUGCCUUGUAGAAGUGGCGACCUUUGGUUUAAAGAGGUUCACCAAGAGCAAAGUUUACAAAAGUCAGAACAAGGAUGCAAAGUUUCAUUCUAGAGGUUAAAGUUGCUCAAAUAAAGUUUGUUGCCAGAACACUCAUGUCAUUUCCAAAGCAUGGUUUCUCCGAGUAUGAAGUAGCAGUUUAUGGGACCCAAGCAAAUAAUCCAAAAUGAUCCAAUAAAUGCAUUACACUACGCUGUUACAAAAGGGCUGAAUGCUGUUUAUUUCAAUAAAUGUCUAUGGACUAUA